UGUUUGGCAACAUAAGUAGAUAGUAAGGUGCCGUGGGUUUUAAAAUAUUUUAUAUUGAAAUAAUGCUUGGAAAAUUCUGAAAUAUGUUUGCCAUAUCUUUGUAACAAGUAAUAAUAUUUACUUGUGUAAGAUAAGUUUAAUUAGUGCACCGGCAAAUUAGAGUUUCUUCUUGACGUAAUAUGAAAUGAUGGCUGUAACAAAGAGUGGAAAGUUUCUCCGAUAUACUUACUCUGUGCUUCUGAAAAGGUGCAUCUGAAGAAACUGCUGAAGGACAUCAGAAUUCAUCAUUAGCUUCCACUUCUUAUAUUAUUUUGAUGUUAAAAAAAAAUUGAAAAGUCAAAAUGCGUAUAUGGAAUUUUCUUUUCUUAUGUUAAAUAUAUCAAAUUGUAAUUUCUCAAAUUUAAGAGUGAAUUAAAAAUGUCUGAUUUGGUAGGAAAUCCAGAAUAUGAAGGAACAAAUGAUUUGGUUUCCUUAUCUUCAAAAGAGCUUUUAAAUAAUCAGCAAGAAAAUUUAGAAACGAAUAAGUUUCCUCGAGUUUCCUUGGAGCAGAUACCAGAUGUUAUUUCAGAAAUGGUCGAGAUAACAUCUAAAAAUAUAGAAGAGGAAAAUGUGAAAAAUAUAGAAGAGGAAAAUGUGGAUAUAAAUUCUCCUUCUCAAGCAACUGUUACAGAAUCCCAAGAAAAUAGUUGUUCAGCUGAAAAGGAAAGUAAUCAAAUAGAUAACCAAAUACCAGAAAAAGAACUUCCGGAACGUAGAAGGAGUAAUCGUAUUCGUCGCUUGGUAGUUAAACCUGAUGGUUUUGUGAAACGCUGCUCUGGUACAAAAAAGACUAAAGAUAAUAAAAGUACAGAUAAAGUAAUAAAUUUACAAUUAAUCCCAACACCACCAUCCACGGAUACAGAAAACAUUAAAAAUGAUGGUGAUGAAAUGAGUUUCUCUAGUGAUGCCAAUUCAAGUUCUAAAACAUCUGGCAUAUGCUCUAAAGAUGAGCAACUUGAAGAUGUAGAAUUACAAAAUAUAAGUAAAAAAACUCAAGUGGGAAAGAUUAAUAAAAAAUCAGUUGCAGGUAUUGGUAGAAAAUUGAAAUCUGAAGCAAAAAAGAGUACAUUCUCAAAAAAGAAAUCGGAUAAAUCUAUUUCUGAAGCAUCUGAGAAAAUUACUAGUAAAGAAAAGUCUGAAGUAGCUGCCUCUCUUAAUACUAAUUCAUCAGCUGAAAAUAGUGAUGAGAAAUGUUCUUCUUUACCUCGAAAUGUAAGUGAGAAAAAAACAAAGUCUGAAGUAAAGAAAAUUACUUCCAGAAGAAAAAGGCUUGAUAAGAACAGUUCUGAAAAUCCAUCUAUAGAAACUACAUGUAAAGAAGAAGUUGCUAAGACAUCUGAUUCUGAUAAUAAUAAUAGUGAAUCUACUGGCAUUACUAAAGAAACUGUGCCUGAAGUUAAAACUGAAAAAAAGGUAAGGUCACAGACAAAGAAAAACAACUCUCGUCGAAAGAAGCAAGAUGCAUCUACUUCUGAAAAUGCACCAGAUGAGGCAGUUUCAAAAGACGAUAUUUCUAAAAGUGUUGAUUCUGAUAAUUGUUCUGCUGAAAUUGUUGAGGAAAAACAUUUUUCAUCACCUCAGACUUUAGCUACAUCAUGUGCUAAAGUUCUAGACAGUUCUGAAAUAAAAGUACCUGAAGCUAUAAGCACUUUUGCCAAAAAUAUUUUAGAUCCAAACUCUGAGAUAAUUGAAAAUAGUAAUGUAAAACCUGUUAAAGUUAAAUCACGUUGGUGGCGUUCCAGUGAAUUAGAAGGAGUGUUAAAUUCUGAUUCUCUAAUCAGCCCUAAUGAUCAAACAGUAGCAGCUAGUAAUGUAAUGCAGGAAAGUCCAAAUAAUCCUGAAAAUGAGUCAGAGUCUGCUGGAGUUAAUGAAGAGGCAGAAAAUAUCCAGAUGGAUGUCCAAGAGCCUAGUGUAGCUGAUGAUUCUAUAAAAGAUGAUAAUACAACUAAGCAAUUGAAUUAUCCAGUGUACUGUCACAUUGAAGAAAACAUUUAUCGAUUUGCUAGGAAAAAAUCAAAAAGUAAGAAACAGGUGCGCAGAAUGGUUUGUGAUUGUACACUUACUAAAGAAGAACAAGAAUAUGGUGUACUAGGUUGCAAACAAGAAUGUUUAAAUAGGUUAUUAAUGAUAGAAUGUGGAUCUCGUUGUCCUAUUGGAGAAGCAUGCUCUAAUAAAAAAUUUCAAAAAAAACAAUAUGUUAAGGCUGAAAUAUUUCAUGCUGAGAAAAAAGGAUGGGGUCUACGCACACUUGAAGACAUUUCUGUAGGUGACUUCUUAAUGGAAUUUGUUGGAGAAGUUUUAAAUCAUAAAGAAUAUAGGCAAAGAGUCAAGCAUUAUGCAAAAGAAAAAAAUGUUCAUUCCUAUUUCAUGGCUUUAAAGACAGAUGAAAUAUUAGAUGCCACCAGUAAAGGAAAUCUCACUCGCUUUAUUAACCACAGUUGUGAUCCUAAUUGUGAAACUCAAAAGUGGACUGUUAAUGGUGAGCUCAGAGUUGGAGUAUUUGCUAAACGGUCCAUGAGUGCUGGAGAAGAACUGACACUGGAUUAUCAGUUUCAACGUUAUGGACGUGAAGCUCAAAAAUGUUAUUGUGGAUCAGAUAAUUGCUCUGGAUAUAUUGGUGGAGCUAAACAGAUCUCAAUUGAUGCAUAUGGUGCAAAUAAAUCCGGUACCUCGAGACGAAAAAAAGGCUCAGAUGAUAAGAAACGGGAAUGGGAAGAUUUAACU